GACGUUCCCCUUUCCUAUCUUUCAUUGAGAGGAGAGGUUGGCGAGAGGAGUUUGUGGCAAACUCACUUCCAGACGGCUAGUUCUAUAUUACUGAUACAAGCGCUGUGGAUUGAGGAUGGGUUCAGUCCCACUGCAUGGAGUGUUCUCUCUUUAAAAACGAGUUUGCUCAAAUCACAUUUAUAAAUUAAGCCAAUUUCUUUGCACUACUGCUUGGGAAUAUUUUUAUGUUCACAGAAGCACAAGCAUCUCAUAGAAAAUGAGCAACAUUUACGAGUCAGCGGCCAAUACCCUGGGCCUUUUCAACAGCCCCUGCCUGACCAAAGUGGAGUUGCGUGUCGCCUGCAAGGGGAUAUCGGACCGGGAUGCCCUGUCCAAGCCCGACCCCUGCGUCAUCCUCAAAAUGCAGUCUCACGGCCAAUGGUUCGAGGUUGACAGGACGGAGGUGAUCCGCAGCAGUAUAAACCCUGUCUUCUCCAAAGUGUUUACUGUGGACUUCUACUUUGAGGAAGUUCAGCGGCUACGCUAUGAGCUGCAUGACAUCAGCAGCAACCAUAACGGGCUGAAGGAGGCUGACUUCCUUGGGGCCAUGGAGUGCACACUUGGCCAGAUUGUUUCCCAGAGAAAACUUUCAAAAGCUUUACUCAAACAGGGGAACACUGCUGGAAAAUCAUCCAUCACGGUUACAGCAGAAGAGCUUUCUGGAAAUGAUGACUAUGUGGAGCUCUCCUUCAGUGCAAGGAAAUUGGAUGACAAGGACUUCUUCAGCAAAUCAGAUCCAUUUUUGGAAAUAUUCAGAAUGAACAAUGACGGUACCGGUUCGCUCGUUCACCGAACUGAGACUGUUAUGAACAAUCUUAAUCCGGUCUGGAAAACGUUCAAAGUCUCAUUGAACACUUUGUGCAGUGGAGAUCAUGACCGUGAACUAAAGUGCACUGUGUGGGACUGGGACUCCAAUGGGAAGCAUGACUUCAUCGGAGAAUUUCAGACAACGUUUAAGGACAUGAAAGGAGCACUGGACGGGAGACAGAUCCAGUGGGAAUGUAUAAACCCAAAGUACCAGGUCAAGAAGAAGAAUUACAGGAACUCUGGAGUUGUUAUUCUGAACCAUUGCAAGAUCAUCAAGAUGCACUCCUUCCUUGAUUACAUCAUGGGAGGAUGUCAAAUCCAGUUUACAGUAGCUAUUGAUUUCACAGCAUCUAACGGGGACCCAAGAAACAGCUGCUCGUUGCACUAUAUCCACCCGUACCAACCUAACGAGUAUCUGAAGGCCCUGGUCGCGGUGGGCGAAAUCUGCCAGGACUAUGACAGUGACAAAAUGUUCCCUGCCUUUGGGUUUGGAGCUCAAAUACCCCCUGACUUCAAGGUUUCUCAUGAUUUUGCCGUGAACUUUGAUGAAGACAAUCCUGAAUGUGCUGGUAUCCAGGGUGUGGUUGAAGCCUAUCAGAACUGCCUUCCGAAAAUCCAGCUGUACGGCCCAACCAACAUCGCCCCCAUCAUUCAGAAAGUGGCCAGCUCCGCCUCGGAGGAAAUGCACACCAAAGAGGCCAUGGAGUACUUCAUCCUGUUGAUCCUGACGGACGGCGUCAUCACCGACAUGGCGGACACCCGGGAGGCCAUAGUCCACGCCUCCCACCUGCCCAUGUCCGUCAUCAUCGUGGGCGUGGGCAACGCCGACUUCAGCGACAUGCAGAUGCUGGACGGGGACGACGGGAUUCUGCGCUCGCCCAAGGGGGAGCCCGUCCUUAGGGACAUCGUGCAGUUUGUGCCCUUCCGCCAGUUCAAACAUAUUUCCAAGAGCAUAACAAAGAAUGCUGAGCACAGAAGAUUGCACCUACCAGGGAGAUAAGGUGGAGAAAUCCAGUGAUGAAAUUGUAGGGAUGGCUAGGUCAUCGACUUUGAACAAAAGUAAGAAUUUAGCCAAGACAUUGGGGAAUACCCCCUAUUCUUUACAAAAAUGCACUGUUGGAAAAAAAGGUUAUUUGGCUUGUCUCAUUAGGCAAACCCUUUUUUAGUUCUUUAUGGAACCGUCUUGGUAAGUGUGAAAAGUGUGAAAGCUUCCAGACUGAACCAUUUUACCUGACAAAGAAACCUUGAACUAGAUAGGAUUCCUCUGAGAAAACACAGAGGAACCUUUUCUUCUGAGAGUGUAAGCAUCUCAGAGGGGCAGUGAAAAUCUCUGAGUGGGGGCAUCUGAAAGAGAAUCCAAAAUGGCUGUGUUGGUGUAGCUCAGGAGGGAAGAGUCCCUCCACUACCUUUGCUAACCCACUUUGGAGAAAAGAUAUUAUGGACCUUUGGAUUAACUGCAUGCAGCUGUACCACCUGUAUCUUUAUCUCAGCGAUCUCAUGCAAUUUGAGACUGUGAAACUUGUGACUGAGUGUCAGUGUCAUUGAAGGAAUGAAAUGCAUUUUUAGCCCGAGCCAAAAGAAGCUUCUUUAUUGUGAUGCAGUUGCACGUAUAAAUUUGUUUCACUAUAAAGUGACUCUUUUUCAUAUGCCAA